AUGACGGGAAAUCGCCUGUCAGCGAGCUGCUUCGCCUGCAAGGCGCGCAAUGUCAAAUGCGAUCUCCGAAAGCCCUCCUGUAACCGAUGUAUUAGUCUCGGCAGGGCGUGUCCGGGCUACUCGGAUCCGUGGGCCGUUGUUCACCGCCAGCAAAACGUCUCGGCGGCUCAUCAGGUCCAGACCCGCGUCGCCAAACGGCUCAAAGAAAGAGGCGGACUUGGAUCCCCGGCGUCAAUCGGAGACAUUGACGAUGAGGAGACCUCGCCAGACGUGUUAGAGGAAGAGACGAUGGGAAGGAGGCCGAUAGCCGUACCAAAAGCCUUCCAAGUCGACUCCGAGCUCGCCUCCAUGAACCACUUCUCCUCCAACUAUGCCUCUGGGGGCGAGAUUGCUUUGUUCAACCUCUUUUCCGAUAUGAAGUCGUCUGCCGCCACAUCUCCCGUCUUGCAAGAGGCUCUAAAAGCUACCGCACUAGCCAGUUCCUCUCUACAGAUGUGCCAGGCAGGCUUGAUGGCUCAAGCGAGGCAGCACUAUAGCAAGGCCAUUACGAAGAUUAGCACUGCAUUAAAAGACAACUCGACAGCGCAGGACGACUCUGUUGUAACUGCAUUGCUCACUCUCGGCAUUUUCGAAGCGAUAGUACCAGAUACAUCACCAAGAAAGAUAAGAUCACAUUGUCGAGGUUCCCUCGCACUUCUCAGGUAUAGAGCCGAACAUGGUGUUGCCACAUCACUCGACAAAGGCUUACUUGCAUUUGUCGUCCACCUGGGGAUGCUGGAAAUAUUCAUUGGUCAAGAAGGCCGAUCGCCAGUCUUGGUCGGCUUGAAGAAUGCCCCGUGGGCAAAGGGCGGCAUGGUGGAACCGCUGCUCGUUCGAGCCAUAGACUAUAAAUUCAUGGCCCAACAAGUGCUAUCUUCGCCCGAUGCACACCGGGCAUCCGCCGGCCACGUUUCAAAAGUCUUCCAGAUGGGAAUCGACAUCAUACGCGACCUCGAAUCGGCUGCGAAUUACAGAAUCUUAUCCCCCGCGCCCCGAAACAAACCCGGACCAGAUGGUUCGGUCGACGAAGAAAUGAACUCGUUCAAUCACUUGCUAGGCCGGAAAUCGAUCGCCAGCGAUGCGAUAGCAAAGGGGCUCUAUCUCACCAUCAGGCUUCAUCUCAUUGAGUACAUUCUGAGCUUGUCUAUUGCUCUCGGGGAACCCACGGGCGAAGAGCUGAGAACGCUCGCCAACCUCCCCCACGGUUUGACAGCGGUGGAACAAGUGUGCGAGCAGGUUCGUAUAGUAUUCGGGUUCGAUGGAAGGGAAUCGGCUUGUACCCUACAGGGCGUCGGCUUCAACGCGUGGUAUAUGUUCUGGCCCAUGAUAGCCGUACUCAAGUCUGCCUUUGCCGACAAGGAUACCAAGAUGUGGAUCAUGGACAAGUGUAUGGCAGUAAGCCAGGCGUCAGGCUUUGGUAUGGCAAUGUACCAGCAGGGCUGGUUUGAAACAGUUAGAACCAGAGAUAAUUAG